AUGGAACGUAGUGGUCUAGAAAGUGCUAUAGGGAUGCCAAAUUCUGAGAGUUAUAAUCCACCCCAGCCCAACCAAGAAUCACCAGUCAAGCUGCCUCUUGCCCCUAUAAUUUCCACUCCACCAGAUAGAAGAGGAAAUGCAACGGUUUCAACCUUCCGCGGAAGUGCUUUUUUUAGUACAACACAUACACUAAAUCAGCAUCAGCUCAAUUCAUCACUGCCACAACCGCACCCACAGCCGUCUCUUGUACAUAAAGAUUCGAUCCCAGAUCCAGAUCCAGCCAUAGAGGCCUGUGGAACAACGGGUGGUGCUUUAAAUUCGAGGGUAGAUCCACCCCCACAGCCACAUGAUCCACCAGCAGCAUCUUCCAAGCCUACUGAUACUAUUAGAUAUAAAGAAUGCCUAAAGAAUCAUGCUGCAAGUGUAGGAGGUCAUGUUCUAGAUGGAUGUGGAGAAUUCAUGCCUAGUGGAGAAGAGGGCACCCCAGAAGCCUUAAGCUGUGCUGCUUGUGAUUGCCACCGGAGUUUCCAUCGAAGGGAGGCUGAUGGAGAGCCGGAAACUGGCACGUCUCACUACUACACAUACAAUCCCAACUCCAGCAAUAACAAUAUCCAUCGGAACCCGUUAUUUCACAACCAACCGCAGCCUACCAUUCUUCCUCUGCAGAAUCAGCAUUUUACCGCCGCCCCUCCAAGUGGCCGUACGCCGCCUACAGUGGUGGCGUUCGGCAGAAACAGCGGUGGGGCCGGAGCUGGGGCGGAGUCAGCUAGUGAAGAUCUCAACAUGUUUCGGUCCAACGCUAGAGGACAUGAAGUUGUGCAGCCAUCAUCUUCGGGGUCCAAGAAGAGAUUUCGGACGAAAUUUAGUCAAAAACAGAAAGAGAGGAUGCAUGAAUUUGCUACAAGGCUGGGAUGGAAAAUUCAGAAACAAGAUGAACAAGAAUUGCAGCAGUUCUGCAAUGAAAUGGGAGUGAAGAGGCAGGUUUUCAAGGUGUGGAUGCACAACAAUAAACAAGCCAUGAAGAAGAGAGAACAACUGUGA